AACGAGUAAAGUCGAGUAGAUUUCUAAAUAUUUUUCCUUUGCAUCUCCGCAGCUAUAUUAUCUUUGAGUUGUCCACAUACUGUUUACUAGCGGACUCUUCGAGGACCCCAAAAAUUACAAAAAACAAAAAAAGUAGUAGCCGUCUCUACCAACCCCCCCAAACGUCAUUUUCUAUUUUCUAUAGAUAGUACUAGUAUUUUAUUCAACAGUGACGCUUUGUACGCACGAGAAAAAGCACUAGUCCUUUUUGCAGAGAGAAAAUAUGGCGAGUUUAGUGAAGCUCAACGCGUCGUCUUCAUCGUGGAUCGGUCAACAGUCGUUUAAUCAACGGUCAGGAUCUUCGUCCUGCCGGUUGCCGAUUAAUAAUCGCCGUGUUGCUGUUGUACGCGCUGGAUCUUACACCGAUGAGCUCAUCAAAACCGCUAAAACUAUUGCAUCUCCUGGAAGGGGCAUCCUCGCCAUUGAUGAAUCGAAUGCAACUGCUGGAAAGAGAUUGGCAUCAAUUGGGCUGGACAAUACAGAAGCAAACAGACAAGCUUAUCGUCAGCUACUGCUGACCACUCCUGGCCUAGGUGAUUACAUUUCUGGAUCCAUACUAUUUGAAGAGACACUUUUUCAGUCCACUACUGAUGGAAAGAAGUUUGUUGAUGUCUUGCGCGAUCAGAAUAUUGUACCUGGGAUCAAAGUUGACAAGGGUUUGGUUCCCCUACCAGGAUCCAACAAUGAAUCUUGGUGCCAAGGAUUGGAUGGAUUGGCUUCUAGGUCUGCUGAAUACUACAAGCAAGGGGCCCGUUUUGCCAAGUGGAGAACAGUUGUUAGCAUUCCUUGCGGUCCUUCUGCUUUGGCCGUGAAAGAAGCAGCUUGGGGUCUUGCUCGAUAUGCUGCCAUCUCUCAGGACAACGGUCUAGUGCCAAUAGUGGAGCCUGAAAUUCUUCUUGAUGGAGAUCACCCAAUAGAUAGAACACUUGAAGUUGCUGAACGUGUUUGGGCAGAAGUCUUCUACUACCUUGCAGAAAACAAUGUGGUUUUCGAAGGAAUUCUGCUUAAACCUAGCAUGGUUACUCCUGGGGCUGAACACAAAGAGAAGGCUUCUCCAGAUACUAUUGCUAAGUACACACUCACAAUGUUGAAAAGGAGAGUUCCUCCUGCUGUUCCUGGGAUCAUGGAGCGGUGUCUUUCCUCUUCGAUUCGUCAUUUGUUUAUUUGCUUUCGUCUCAAACUUAACUGAGUUUAAGGCCAGAAUCUCACAUCUGAGUAGAGAGGGAAAAAUUAUUGUUAAAGUUUAACCAUAAGUAAAGGUCAGGGAAACUUCAUUUCAUAGAUCCCCUGUGAUAAUGCCAGAAGAAGUCGGUUUGUAUCUUCAGCAUGGAUCCUCAUUUGGAUACAUGUUGUCGCCAUCAUUUUGCAAUAAUGAUUAAUAGAAUAUUUGAUGCGAGAUCUGUUACCAAGAAGUGGAACUUAAGUUAAUAACAUGCUUGAAGUUCUUGUUUUUUUGAAAAAAAGUAUAGCGGGGCGCUACUCGGCUCCUCCUUGUGAUCUUUAUAUAUUCCUUCUCUUUUUCUUGUUUAACUGUGCUAAGAACUGCGUGCUUCUUACCUGGCAGUUCCUUUCCGGGGGACAAUCUGAAGUGGAAGCGACACUCAACCUCCACGCAAUGAACCAAAGCCCCAACCCAUGGCAUGUAUCCUUCUCUUAUGCACGAGCCCUCCAGAACACAGUGCUCAAGACAUGGCAAGGACGUCCUGAGAAUGUGGAUGCUGCACAGAAGGCUCUCUUGAUUCGUGCUAAAGCAAACUCUUUGGCUCAGCUCGGAAAAUACUCUGCAGAAGGUGAAAGCGAGGAAGCUAAGAAAGGAAUGUUUGUCAAGGGCUACACCUACUAAGCAACACCGCUUAGCCGCUACUUCAUGUACUUUUUUCGGUUUUAAUCAUUUGCUAGUUUUGAAUGCUGAAGAGGGCUUGGUAAACGAAUUGCUCGUUCUUCUUUUUU